GGCGGUACCAUAGAGAGGGGGAGCUAGAGGGGCGGCAGCCGCGGUCAGCCUGGGCGGAGCGGAGACGACGGCGGCGUUGCCUCAUGGCGGGGUGGGGGCUGCUGCUGCGUGCGGGGCCGCGGCUGCUGCGAGAGCGAAGGGCCGGGAUACCGCAUUGCUUGCUCAGAAGAACGUUGUUUGGCUUUCCCCGAACGAAAGCAGGUUCUGCUGUGACCCAGCAGAGAGAUGUUUGCUUGAGGCUCUGCAGCCCACGAAGCUCCACGACAGCCACCAGUGCAUCGGGAGAGGACGUCUGGCUGAAGUGGGGCCUCUUCCUCGUGCCCCUGACUGCGUUCUGCCUGGGCACAUGGCAGAUUCAGCGUCGAAAAUGGAAAUUAGAUUUGAUUGCACGGCUGGCAUCCAGACUUUCCUCAGAGCCCAUCCCUCUGACAUUAGACCCUAUGGAGUUGAAGGAAUUGGAGUACAGGCCUGUAAAGGUCCGAGGGCAUUUUGACCACUCCAAGGAGCUCUACAUUUUGCCACGGUCACUUGUGGACCCAGAGCGAGAAGCCAGAGAAGCUGGGAAGCUGACAUCCCAUGCAGAAAAUGGAGCAAAUGUCAUUACUCCUUUCUACUGCACAGAACUAGGAGUCACAAUUUUAGUCAACCGAGGAUUUGUGCCCAAAAAGAAACUGAAACCAGAGACCAGGCUGAAGGGACAGAUUGAAGAAGAAAUCGACCUCACAGGGGUGGUGAGGUUAUCAGAAAAACGGCAACCUUUUGUACCUGAAAAUAACAUUGAAAAGAACCGCUGGCACUAUCGGGACCUGGAGGCUAUGGCCAAGGUGACCGGUGCUGAGCCCAUCUUCAUUGAUGCAGAUUUCAGAAGCACAGUGCCAGGAGGGCCCAUUGGAGGUCAGACAAGAGUGAGCCUGAGAAACGAGCACAUGCAGUACAUCAUUACCUGGUAUGGCUUGUGUGCUGCAACUUCCUUCUUGUGGUACAGAAAAUUCAUACAAAAAAUACCUCUAUGAGGGGAAGGAUUAAUUUCUGCUCUGCUGUACUACAGUCAAGACUGCAGCCUGAUCAAUCCUGAAGAAGUCAGUCUCAGGGCACAGGACUUCCCAGCUGAUGCUGGCAGCAGUUUGGAAGCGUUGAACUUCAGAAUUAGUGAUGGGUGUCGGCACGCUUGCUUACAUCAGUUUUCUGGACAUGUGCAGAAUGCAUUUUUGUAGCUUGUGACCAAACUGUCCAACAGUAGAAAACCUUUUCUUCUCCACUGCUCUAUUUUCUCUAUUCAGUGUAAGCAAAUGAGGGCAAGGGAUUUUAUCAGUCAAAAUUUUUCACAUGGCAGUCAUUCCUGAAUUCAAGACAGGGACACUGCAGCUCCAUCAGGAUAAAUAAAACAGGCUGUUAGUGCUUGCCUUGUGA